CUCUGUCUCUCUCUGGAGCUCGUUUUUAGCUGCAUGUCACUCAGUCGUUCAGUCAGUCAGUGGCUCCGCUCCGCCGCGCCUGCGCCUGUCUCUCCAGCUCUCCAAAACCGAAACGCGCCGCCGCCGCCACUGCGGGCAUGACAUACCACCAGCAGUAGUAACAGUGGGCUUCCAUCUGCUGGCUUUUGAGAGGAUUUUAAGAAAAAAAAGGGGGAGACGUUGAGACGUAAAAGAAGCGCAGAGGGGAGAGAUACAUUUCUGGCCGCGCCGUGCGUCGAGAGGAGUGGAUGAGUCAAUGGCUGGGGCUCAGCCUGGAGUUCAUGCGUUGCAGCUCAAGCCAGUGUCCGUGCCGGAGUGCCUCCGAAAGGGCAGCAAAUUUAUGAAAUGGGAUGAUGAUUCUACCACUGUGACCCCUGUGACUCUAACCGUUGACCCCAAAGGCUACUUCCUGUACUGGAUUGACCAGAACAAGGAUACAGACCUGCUGGAUAUUUCGUACAUAAAAGAUGCCAGAAAUGGAAAGUGCACUAAAACGCCAAAGGAUGCAAAGCUGCGUGAAUUGCUGGAUGUCAGCACACUGCCAGGAAAGCUGGAGAACAGGAUGCUGACUGUGGUUAGCGGCACUGACAUGGUCAACAUCACCUACCUGAACUUCAUGGCCUUUCAAGAGGAGAUCGCCAAGGAAUGGGCUGAGGAAUUAUUCAGCCUGGCGUCUAACCUUUUGGCACAGAACAUGUCCAGAGAGGCCUGCCUUGAGAAAGCAUACAUUCGACUGAAGCUGCAGCUCAACCCGGAGGGACGAAUUCCUGUCAAGAAUAUCUUCAGGAUGUUCUCAGCAGACAGGAAGCGAGUGGAGACAGCACUGGAAAACUGCAACCUCCCUUCUGGCAGAAACGACUCCGUCCCCCAGGAGGAUUUCACUCCAGAGGUUUACAGCAUGUUCCUGAGCAACAUCUGCUCUCGACCAGAGCUGGACAACAUCUUCUCUGAAGUCGGAGCAAAGAGCCGGCCGUACCUCACAGUGGAGCAGAUGACAGAGUUCAUUAACAGCAAGCAGCGAGACCCUCGUCUGAACGAGAUCCUCUACCCUCCGCUCAAACCAGAGCAGGUUCAGCUGCUGGUGGACAAAUAUGAGCCCAACACGUUGCUUGCACAGAAAGGUCAGAUCUCGAUGGAGGGCUUUGCCCGAUAUCUGAACGGGGAAGAGAACAGCAUCAUUCCCCCAGAGAAGCUGGACCAGAGUGAAGACAUGACCUUUCCACUCUCUCACUAUUUCAUCAACUCCUCACACAACACAUACCUCACAGCGGGCCAGCUCGCAGGAAACUCCUCGGUUGAGAUGUACAAACAGGUCCUCCUGUCUGGGUGCCGCUGUAUUGAACUGGAUUGCUGGAAAGGGCGCACCACAGAAGAAGAGCCUGUCAUCACUCAUGGGUUUACAAUGACAACUGAAAUCGUCUUUAAGGAAGUGAUCGAGGCGAUUGCAGAGUGUGCCUUCAAGACCUCACCGUUUCCCGUCAUCCUGUCUUUCGAGAACCACGUGGACUCACCAAAGCAGCAGGCGAAGAUGGCAGAGUACUGCCGGUCAAUAUUUGGAGACGCACUACUGAUGGAACCACUGGAGAAAUAUCCUCUCGACACUGGAGUCCCACUUCCCAGCCCCAUGGAGCUGAUGGGGAAGAUCCUGGUGAAGAAUAAAAAGAAACAUCACAAAACCGAAGGAAGCACCAAGAAAAAGCUCGCUGAGCAGGUUUCCAACACUUACAGUGACUCCUCCAGCAUAUGUGAGCCGUCCUCCCCCAGUGCAGGUUCAACUAAAGAAGAGAUGGCUGAUUCGUCACAACCCUCUGACGGCACUGAGCUCAACCUGAGACCACAUGGCAGAAAGUCUAUUGGUGAGGUGGAAGCCGAAAGCGAUGAGGACGAUGACGAUGAUGAUGACUGUAAAAAGGGCUCCAUGGAUGAGGGCACAGCAGGCAGUGAGGCGUUCGCCACAGAGGAGAUGUCCAACCUGGUCAUCUACAUCCAGCCUGUCAAGUUCUACUGCUUCGAGGCGUCCAAAAAGAUCAACCGGAGCUUCCAGAUGUCCUCCUUUGUAGAGACCAAAGCUUUGGAGCAACUGACAAAGUCUCCAGUAGAGUUUGUGGAAUACAACAAGCUGCAGCUGAGCAGGAUCUACCCUAAAGGAACUCGAGUAGAUUCAUCCAACUACAACCCCCAGCUCUUCUGGAACGCCGGCUGUCAGCUGGUAGCUCUCAACUUCCAAACCAUUGACUUAUCGAUGCAGCUGAACCUAGGCAUGUAUGAGUACAAUGGGAAAUGUGGCUACAGACUGAAACCAGAGUUCAUGAGACGGCCGGACAAACACUUCGAUCCUUUCACUGAGAGCACAGUAGACGGGAUAGUCGCCAACACACUGUCUGUUAAGAUCAUCUCAGGUCAAUUCCUGACCGAUAAGAAAGUAGGCACAUACGUGGAGAUCGACAUGUUUGGCCUGCCAGUGGACACCAAGAGGAAAGCAUUCAAGACCAAGACAUCUCAGGGCAAUGCCAUCAACCCUCUCUGGGAAGAAGAGGCCAUUGUUUUCAAAAAAGUCGUCCUUCCUACACUGGCCUCACUGAGGAUAGCAGUGUUUGAAGAAGGAGGAAAGUUUAUUGGCCACCGCAUCAUGCCCGUUUCAGCCAUCCGUCCAGGUUAUCGGUAUAUCAGCCUAAGGAAUGAGAAGAACCAGACGCUGAUGCUACCCGUCCUCUUUGUUUACGUUGAAGUGAAGGACUACGUCCCAGACACAUUUGCAGACGUCAUUGAAGCCUUGUCCAAUCCCAUCCGCUAUGUCAACCUGAUGCAACAGAGAGUCGAUAAGCUGGCGCCUCUCACCUUAGAGGAAGGAGGAGAAGAGGAGGGUGACAAAGAGGUGGAGGCAGGAAGCGAUGCGCCCUCUGAAGCUAAAGUGGACCAGAAGGCAGCAGUGCCUGCAGAGAACGGAGUGAGUCACACGCCCAUCAUCACCCCCAAACCUCCUUCACUUGGGCAUCAGCCUCAGUCUGCAGGUUCACUGAAACCAUCAGUGAAGACAGAAGACAUCAUACAGAGUGUCCUUACUGAGCUGGAGGCUCAGACUGUGGAGGAGUUGAAGCAGCAGAAGGGGUUUGUCCGGGAGCAGCGGAAGCAGUACAAGGAGAUGAAGGAGCUGGUCAGAAAACACCACCGCAAAACAAGCGAGCUGAUCAAGGAGCAAACGGCCCGCGUCUCCGAGCUGCAGAGCCAGCAUCAGAGGCGACGCUCCGCCCUGCAGAAGAGCCACAAACGUGACUGCAAGAAAAGUCGGUCUGACAACUCCCUGUCGACUCUGGACCAAGAGAUGAGUGAGAUGGACAAGGAGUCCAGCCAGAGACUGGCAGAGCUGAAGGAGCAGCAACAGCAGCAGCUGCUUAAACUCCGCCAAGAGCAAUACUACAGUGAGAAAUACCUGAAAAGAGAACACAUAAAACAGCUGGUCGAGAAGCUGACAACUAUAGCAGAGGAGUGCCAGAGUGCUCAGCUUAAAAAGAUCAGAGACAUCUGUGAAAAAGAGAAGAAGGAUCUGAAAAAGAAAAUGGACAAGAAAAGACAAGAGAAGAUCAACGAAGCGAAAGCCAAAGACAAGAAUUUAACAGAAGAAGAGAAGUUAGAGAUCAACAGAUCUUUUGUCAACGAGGUGGUGCAGUACAUUAAACGGUUGGAAGAUGCUCAGUGUAAACGACAUGAGAGGCUACAAGAGAAGCACAAGGACAUACGGCAGCAAAUCUUGGAUGAAAAACCAAAGCUGCAGAGUGAUCUGGACCAGGAGUACCAGGACAAGUUUCGCAGACUGCCCGUGGAGAUCCAGGAGUUUGUUCAGGACAGCAGUAAGACCAAGCUUUGCGACGACAGCCUCCCUGGAAACCUCGUUUCCUCCUCAACGACGGAGCGGCUCAACCACAAGGCAUCACAGUCCGAGGACGACAUGGAGGAGGGCUCGUCAGAACACGCUUUCGACACCGCCCUUUAGGGAUCUGGCGUCUUGCUUCAUACCGGGACAUUGUUUGGCCGUUGACGUUGUGACCACAGACUUAGGAUGAGACUGCCCCAGCUUUGGUCCAACAUGUAACCAAUGGGAGGAUUAGAUCAAAACUAAGCCUAAAUGGGUGAGUAGAGAGGUCCUCUCAGCUUAACGUGAAGUCCUGUCUAGAAAACUGUUUCAUGUAAAUAUCUCUUUUUGUGUAUUUGUAUGUUAACCCUGUAUGUUGUUCUCUCUUUCGGUACGGCCACAGGACGUGUUACUGGACACUAAUUAUUUGCAGGAAAUAACUUACUUGAACUACUGCACAGACAGAGUAGUUUCCUUUUUGUUAUCAUUUAUGUUAUCAUGAUGCUGUGACAGUCAGAGAGGCUUAGUGUGCCAAGAUCUGCUUCGUCUUAUGGUGGAUUUUCAGUUGAGUCGACUUGCACUGUAAAAAAAAAAACAAAGAAAAAAACUUUACAUAGCCUUUAAAGUUUCUAUCUUUAGAAGGUUGAAUUUCAUCCCUUCAUGUUUGCACUGACAUCUCCCUGUAUAAAACUACAUAACUCUUUAAAACUACGUAACUCUACUUUAACCCAGAAGCACUGGCGGGGUUCUGGUUUGCUGUUUUGUUCUCACAGAACUAAGCAUUUGUGUUGCUGCUAAGAUUUAUGUUUUCUUGUUGUUGUUGUUUUUUUACUCAGCAUUUUUAGCUAUUAUUUGUGUGAUGUAAACUUCUGCUUAAUACGAUGCAGUCAUUUCUUAUUCUUUUUAUGUCUUGGCCAGUUUUUAAUACGUUUUACAUCGUUUACUGCCAACUCUGUCGCACCAGGAUGAGAAGGGAAAGGAUGUCGUACAGUGUGUGCAUGCAUUUGAACAACUGUAAAUGUUAGGAAGCGGUGUCGCACAGAUGUUUAUUUAAGUAAAUCAACUUUUUUGUUUCCUGGUACGUUUUGAUUGAACUUGCAAAAUAGCUGUGGCUUCAUUAACACUGUGGAAACGGGACUUUGUCUAAGAUCCAAUGGCUGCAGUUUCAAGUAAACAGAUAGCUUAUUGUUUUCUUUACAUUUCCACCCUUCAGUUAAAGUUGUUAAACCAAGGAAAAAUUAUCACAGGAAGAUCCAGUUUUACCCUAAACAACUGGCCUUCCUAUAAUUUGGUGCUGUGGCUGUAUUUACUCAAAACGUAGAGAAAAUGCCUCCGUUCUUAAUCUUCACCCAGUUUGAGGGGUUUUAUAAUAUAAGGAAACAGUAGGGAAAUGGCUUCAUUUUGUUCCAACAGACAAUGUAGCAAUCAACAACGUAAUAACAGUCAGUAACGCAACGCCUGCCGAUAAAUUAAAUUUUCCUUUUCUAAAAUUUUACAUGCAAUGUAGGAAACGACAUAGAAUCUUGGCGAUAAUGUAUGACAGUUUUUGAAUUCAAUAAAAUCAGAACAUUUAACUAAUUAUGUAAUGGUGCUGCAUUAUUGGCCUGGGAACUCCAAGCAAAGCCGUGUGGAUCACAUGAGCAUGACUCUCUCCCUGAUUCCCACCAAAUUCCAUGUUGCAGACUUUCCAGUAAAAGCAGACUUUUACUGUCUUGAAAUAACUCUAAUCUCAAACACUUGUAGCAGUUUGUGCAAUUGCUAUUUUCUGAACCUCUAAAAUGUCAUAAGGUUUGCAAUAGAAGAGUUUAUAGAUAGCAGCCAGCGACUAAUCGCAUAGCAAACAGGCAGAGGAAGGUUACUGUGCGCCGCUAAAAUUGUCCUGUGUGAAACACAGAUCAAGAACUGAAUAUUUAAGUUGUUUCUAGUCAGAGAAACUGGAAAAUAUAUUUUUGUGGCUUUAGUAAGCAUUUUUUAUUGAUUUUUUUUUUUUUUACACAACCUUUUCUGUUUGGCGGCUACUCUGAUCUGAAACACAUUACGCUUCCUAUUCUUGACGUGUUUCACACAGGAAGAUCACUAGUGUCGCACUACCAAAUAUUUCCAUUUGUCUUGAAAAUAUUUGUCAGCUUCUACUAAAUUUGGAGCCAUCUGCCAGGAGACAUCCUUUCUCAACCAUGCCUCGGUUUAUGUCCAGGGGAUCACUUCAUAACGACUUGAAAACAACUUUUUUCCAGACAAUUUUUUUUUUCUUAUCAUAAUCUUUGAAGAAAAAAACAGUUUUGAGAUUGGUGUUAUUUUAAGAUGGUACAAAAUCUAGUUGUUGUUUUUUUUGUUUUUGCUCCUGUUGAGUCAGACAUUAGCUUCAGCCUUUGAGAGCUUGUAAUAUGGACCUAUACUAAUGAAAAAGGAAAUUAAGUAAAAAAAAAGAAUUGCCAAAUGCAGUUAAAAUAAGAAUAGGUCCCAAUUAUUUGCCAGAACGUCACUUAGAAAGACUCCUUCUAUUUCACAUGUAAAGUAUGUGCAUUCAGUACACAUGGGGAAGUACCUUUUGACUUCCCACCAGCCCAGUGCCAUUCAGCUCUCAAGUGUGUCAUGUGAUAUUAAGUGAUUUUAUGUUUUUUUUCCCAGCUGAAAAUGAAAUGAACUGCUAGUGAGGAAAUAUCGAACAUUUAAUCCAGUUUUUAAAAGAUGGUUGGUGUGAGAGUCCUGUGCCUUUGAAUGGGGUUGUCAUGUUUGAUGUUGAAUGUAUGACAUGCAUCGCUGUUUAAAUUGACAUUUUAAUAUACCAUAUGAAGCUGUGCUGAAUAGACCGUGUGCACUUUUUAGUAAAGUACCACUACUGAUGAUGCUUGUGAUGAGCAGUAUUUGACCAGUGUCUCUAAAGAAAGGAGAGACAUUUUUCUUUUAUGCCUUUGAACCACUUUUUUUUUUCUUUUUUUUUUUCUGACAGGGCCCAUAUUAACUUAAAUGUAUGCACUCGGAAAAUGUAAAUGUGUAUGACUUUAAGGAUAAACAUGGAAUUAAGAAAACAAUAUAUAUAUAGUGUAAAGGGAAGUUGCUUGUAAUUAAAAUAAAUGUGGCUUUUAUCGGA